AUGCGCAACACGCUGAUCUUCGCCGGCAACUCGUGCCCAGCUCUCACCGGCCAAAUAUGUGAGAACCUGGGCAUGACUCCUGCUAACGCGGAGCUGACCCAAUUCUCCAAUGGCGAGACAAGCGUCAGGAUCAUGACCAGUGUGCGAGAGAAGGAUGUCUUCGUCGUCCAGUCCGGGAGUCCCCGGAUCAACGACUCCAUCAUGGAGCUUCUUAUCAUGAUAUCUGCCUGCAAGGGCGGCUCUGCCAACAAAGUCACUGCUGUCCUCCCAUACUUUCCCUACAGCCGCCAGUCCAAGAAGAAGUCGCACCGCGGUGCCAUCACAGCCCGCAUGCUGGCCAACCUCAUGGGUGUUGCUGGCGUUAAGCACGUCAUUACCGUCGACCUCCACGCCUCUCAGAUGCAGGGCUUCUUCAAAUGCCCCGUCGAUAAUCUCCACGCCGAGCCUAUCCUCGCCAAAUGGAUUCGCCACAACGUCUCCAACUGGCGCGAGGCUGUUGUUGUCUCCAAGAAUGCUGGCGGAACCAAGCGAGUCACCUCACUUGCCGAUGCCCUCAAGCUCAACUUUGGCAUCGUUACCACAGACCGGAGGCGCGGCGGUAACAUGACGGCCAGCAUGAUUAUGAGUCACUUCGAUGGUAACGAGCGACACCCGGCGUUGGAUUCCAAUCGCCCCAUGUCUCGAAGGGCCCCUGGCGAAGUUGAUGUGGUCAACAGCGCGGCCACACUGACAAGACCUUCCCGAAUCGUGACAGAUUCUCAGGGUUCGCCAAGACGCGCGAUCCCAGGCUCUACUGCUCGCAUGUCAAACCUCAGUCUUUCUGAGUCUGCAGAGGACCCCAACAUUACCCCCCCAGCAAGGUCACCCGACCCUUCAAUCAACGGCGAGGCCGAUUACGAUGACCACAAGGUCCAGGAGGUGACUCAUGGUCGCCUGGUCCAUGGCCGUAUCGUCGAGGAUGAUUUCCCUUCGCCCACACAAUCUGCUGCCGACGCUAGUGUAACCGAGGAUGACCCCAUGGUCAUGUCGCACGCAUCGUCCUUCUUCGCCCCAGAGCCCCAGUCCCUUGGAGGAUCCGGUGACGCUGCUGACAGCUCUGACGAAGAGGACAAUGCUUUCGAGAACACUGGGGCCGAGCACAUGAUCACCCUGGUGGGAGACGUCAAAAACCGAACCGUCUUCAUCGUCGACGACAUGAUUGACAAGGCCGGAUCUUGGAUCGCCGCCGCUGAGACUGUGGUCAAGAGGGGCGGCGCAAAGAAGGUCUAUUGCAUGGCUACGCACGGUGUUUUUGGCGGAGAUUGUCUUGAGCAGCUGCAAGCAUGCGAGUGCAUCCACACCAUCGUCGUUACAAACAGCUUCCCCAUCGACAAGGAAAGGGCACGCAAUAUUCCGAAGCUCGUCAUCCUCGAUCUGUCAUUCCUGCUGGCGGAGGCUAUCCGACGGAACCACUAUGGAGAGUCAAUCUCCCCACUGUUCCAGCACUACGAGUAG